GACUCAUCCACUCUUACUCUCAAGAUCUCAGUACUCAGUCUAGAUUGAUUCCUGGCUAGUCUCCGUCUCGAAGCGGUCAUGAAUCGAAGGUUUCCAUCUUCUCUUCCUGGAUGGGAAGUUAUUCCAGAACCACCACCUUCAUCUGAGGCCUCUAGUGAAGACGAGCUACAAUCUAUCAGCCAAACCCAACCGAUAAGCUCCCUGAGAGGUGGGGAUAGUGCUUCGAAACGACGUUUUAAUGGCCUAGGCCACAGUUUACCCAAGUCCAAGAAGCAAAGACUCGGUCAAUCGGGGAGCGGCAAUGAUUCUAUCUCUACCGGUGGCCAGGGCGGAGCCCGCGUACCUUCGUCAACUCAGCCUGUCGCAUCGUCAUCCCUGAGCUCAACCAAUGUACCCAAACGUGUUCAGUUGCGCAAACCGACGGUUGCAAACUAUUAUAAGCGCCCCGCAAUGCCCUCUUCCUCCGUCCCGAGUUCCAGCAAGCUGACGAUAGACACGUCGACAUCUAAGCUAGUAUCUACAAAAGAACACGUCUCAAAGCAAAUUUCCAAUUCUGCCCCUACGCCGAGCCGAAGCGAUCGACGGACGCAUGGAGACGAGAGUGAAGAGGAUGUCGUGGUAUUACCCUUCUCGAGCACAAACUUUACUGCUGUACCUGCCCCGGGAGGGAAAGGUAAGGCGAAGGCGAAGGAGACUUCCUACAAUCCAGUGGAACAGGCUAGACCGAGAUCACAGCUUUCGCUCAAUUCUAAAGGAAAGACCCGAGGUGAUUCCGAAUCGUCCAGUGAGGAUAUAAUCGGUAUGCGUUUCGGCCAGCUGCAGAGAAGGGAGAGCGGCAAAGCACAAACAGAGAACUGGUCCGGUGGGAACAAAAAGCCUAUAUCCACUUCCAAGGAUAAGGGACUCAAGGGUGAAGGCAGAUUUAGUGGUCCUCACACGGCUUCUGAAAGAGUCACUACAAAACCGAUAAAACGGAGCAAGGCUGAAAAGGAGAGACGCAAAUCACUCGGAGACACCUUUUCAAUAUCAAGUGGUGCAGAGAGCAAUAGAGGGACAGCAAAGGCUGCGAGGAUGUUGAGUUCAGUUGUCCGACCGCGUUCAAACGAUGUGAUAGAGCUAUCUUCUAGCGAAGAAACAAAAAGACCCGAAGUAAUAGAAAUAUCUGAUGGUGACACCCCGCCACCUGCGACGCCACGGAAAAGGAAAUCAAGCGCGAAGAAGAGCGAGGCAUCCGCAUUUAUAGACCUUACUAAAGAUGGAUCGGAGGAUGUGGGUGACGAGGCUCCUACAACUAUUCCGGUCGCACAACGUGAUCAGUCCGUUCAAGAGCAAACGACCUUUAGGAAUCCGGUUACGGACGAGGAGGCAGGUGACGCGAACAUAGACUUCGAGGAUGUUCCCGGUUUAGACAUGAUCAGAGUCGAGGGCCUAAGGAAGGACUUCGUGCCCGAGGACGUUGACGAUCGUGAUAAUGCAAAUAGGAGUGAUUUAGCUCCUUCCACUUCCACCUCCAUGAUAGAUGAUGCCACGACGGAAUCUCACUCUACUGCUGCACAUUUGAAAGACAUAGACGGAUCGGACGCCUCCUCAAUGGUAGUGGAUAUGGACAACUCCCGGUCAGCACGGGGUACAACCUCUCUCUCGGUGAAACAACAAUCGGUCUCUCCGAAGAAAGAAUCUCUCUUUGCAACCCAGAGCGCUUCUGUAUCUACACCCCAUCCCGGUCCUCAUUCUCCUCUCAGUAGCCCAAAGAAAGAGCCUCCAUCUUCUCCCCAGAAAAUAUCGCCAUCGAAGCCGAAGUUGGAGUACAAUCACGAUCCUUCAUCCGAGAAUUCCUCUCCUCGUUCAUCAUCAUCCCCCUCAGGAUCUCCAAGUCAGAGGCCUCCGGCCUUUGUUACUCCAAGCCCGGAUCCUGCUGAGAGGCAGGAACAAGAAUCAUCACCCUCUCCAUCUCAGCCUGAAUCCUCCCCUGCUACCUUGGACCUCGAUCAUAACACACAGGGUACGCCUCUCCCACAAUCUACCUCAACCGCUGGAGCUCCCGAACCAUCACUCGAACCUCACAUUACAGACUCAGUCAACGUUUCAGCUAGGUUAAGUUCGGAUUUGCAUCCGACUGGUACUAAGCUGGUGACUGUUCAGGAGCAACCGACAGAGACCGCAUUAGUGGCACAGCAACAGGCUUCACCCAACAAAGGGAAACAUAAACGCGGCUCGACUGUGUGGUGGUCUGAAAGCGACGAACGGCAGGAAAUGCGAGCGGGUAAAACACCCGAACUAUCCCAGCCACUGCGAAGUGACACACAUGCUAACAAAACUGGAGUUCGCAAUUCACGCGCCAAGAUCUUCACGGCACGUAAGUCUACAGGUGCGGCCGCUCCCAGAUUACCACGACAACUACCAAAAACUUCCCCGCCAUCCUCUCCUACAUCUUCAAGUGCCUACAUCUCUUCCCUGGCGCAGGCAUUUGAUGACGCUGGAAGAGCCAACGCGAGGGACUUUCAGGAGCAGCCAAGAGAAGGGAAGAAGCAGGGUCAGCGAAGCAAAGAUACUUUAAUUGAACAGCCGAACUCUGUUGAACCUAAAUGUGAUCCAAUGGCACUGGAUAUGAUGGAUUCAAGCACGAAAGCUCCGCUACGCCCAGUAACCGAUACAGACGUUAACAGCUUAGUGGCAGUCAUUUCAAGUUCUUUCUCCACUUCAGACACAGGUCUCAUCUCGUCCACUCUACUACCCAUAAUUGCGAGUGAAGAUAAAAUUCUCCAAGCCAAAGCACGGUGGCAUGCGAUACCGUUAUGCGCACCUAACGGAAUUGUGGAAACAACUCUCACCUCCACCUCUACGAAUAACGACGACAAUCGAACUUCUGUGGCCGCUCUAGCUUCAUCUCAAGAGAAGCACUCAUCGCCAAAGAUCGACAUGCCUGCUCUCAGUGAUCGGCCCAUCAAGAGCACUUCUCCUGAACUGCAAGAAGUUAUUGACCUUACCACACUUCUUGAAAGCAGCGAUGACGAUGACGAGGGCACUUCAUACGGCAGAGAUCUAGAGUUGGCUCUGAAUUCCUGUCCCUACGGACCUCCUGAAGGAAAAGGUCAAGCGUUGAUGGACACCGACGAGCAACAAGAAUCUCACAAUUCCCACGCUUGGUCGAAACCUUCUUCUCCUUCGGAACAACUUUCUUCGGAACUUGCUAGUGCGUUAAGAAUGGAUGGCCCUCGAGCAUCUCCUGCUGUUGAAGAAGAGGAACACUGGUUGGAGUACCUCGACGAGAAGGCUCCAGAGCCAUCCGACAGUAUGUCGAGGGGUGGUGAAUCGCCCGCACUUGUGUAUCCCGAAGGGUCUGAUAAUGGAAUUGAGGCGUUGGUUGAUGACGGUGUGGUCGAGCAGAAUAGGUCGCCACCCACUCCUGCACCUUCUACGAAUAUUCCAGAGGUCCCCAUAUCGGAGGAAGAGUUAAGUGGUCAGCCGUUGAGGUCUCGAUCAGCCUCUUCAAGCGCAUCGGUAGUCCUUCGGCGAAGCGCAAGGAAUUCCAGACCAUCGUCUCAGAUGAGUUUGACAUCCACGAAUACCGACUUUCUGAACUUGUCGCCGCAACAGACUGAGGUCCAGGAACAGCUAUCGUUUGGCGGGCUUGCUGUGCUCACAUGGAACAGCUUCAGAAGUGACUUGAACAAUUUCCAGCCAAAGUGUUACUGGUCGGUAGACCUUCCACACGCCUUCCAUGACCAUGUCAAUUGGUUAUCCGAGGAUCACCGUAACAAUGACCGAAUGAGGCACAUCAUGGAGAGUAUCAUGAUUGAGAACACGUCAGAAGAACCCCACGCCCCUCCCAUCUCAAUCGUCAACAAAGUCGAUUCGAUACCUACACCCCCAUGGGAAUUCUAUUACACAAACAAGAUGUGGCAUUCUCCAAAUGUUCCGGCACCGUCGGUGAAGCAUUUGGGAAGCUGUGGUUGUAUUGGCAAGUGUCGUCCGGAUACGUGUGCUUGCGCAAAACGUCAGAAGGAGUACACCGAGAAAUAUGUAUCCACAGGUUUUGUCUAUGACAAGCACAGAUGCUUGGUACAGGGUGGUAUACCGAUCUUCGAGUGUAACAGUCUCUGCAGAUGCGAUGACGACUGUAUGAAUAGGGUUGUUCAACACGGACGCAAAGCUGAAGUCUCACUCUUCAAAACGCUAAACAAAGGUUGGGGUGUCGUGAAUGGACCGAAGAAAAUACGUCAGGGACAAUUCAUUGGAGUGUAUUCGGGGGAGUAUUUGACUUGGGAUGAAGCUGAAUCCCGGGGAAGGGUGUACAACAAGUUCGGUCGUACGUACUUGUUUGACUGUGAUCCAUGGAUCCUCGUCGGAGGCGCCCGGUUUACAAUAGAUGCUUACCAUGCUGGUAAUUUCACACGAUUUCUGAAUCAUUCUUGCGACCCGAACGCGCGUUUUGGGUAUGUCUAUAUCGAUGAGGAUAAUAUCUACAAGCCGCUACUAUGUGUCUUCGCCCACCGCGACAUUGCCCCAGAAGAGGAGAUCACUUUCUCGUAUGUAGGAGAUCCCGAUGUCGGUGAAGAUACCGUUGACGAUGAAUCUCCUGUGAAAAAGAAAGCCAAGUCGAAAGCAUCUAGAAGUAAGAGAGUCAAUUCUGACAACGUAUACUCGGAAUGCUUUUGUGGUAUGAAGAACUGCACAGGGAAUCUGUUCAAUUAAGUUGCAUUAUAUCCUUCUUCAACUCCUGUCACGUUUGAAUUUACACAUUUGAUUUGUAUUUUGGUGUGGUGUUGCCUUCCAGUUUUUCAGCGUCUAUAGUCAAAUGGACGUCGACACACGAAUCAUGCUCUAUGCCUUGAAUCAUUACUUUCCUUGCUUUCGGAAAUGGAUAGGAAUAAUAUCGUCAAGCUUGUAAAUGCCGAAUACGAAUUAUCUUUACAAGGAUGCAAGGAGGGAAACACAAUAAUGAUACGGACCGGAAAGAUACUCCCGAUGCAGGAACGAAGAGAUCCAAACGAAGAUUAAUCAAUCGUCUUCAAUCACGAUAACUUCGUUCGAAAGACGAGGUGCUACUCGUCUACCACUACCGCUCGCAGCUACCCUUCCACCACUGGCCCUUGAGGCCGUCUUGCUGCUCCCGCUAGGAAGAGCUUCCUCAUCAUCGCUAAACUCUAGUUCGGCCCCUUCACUAGGCCGCGUUUCUCUCUUCCGCUUUGUUCCAACGGUUCGUGACGCUUUAUGUCUUCCUAUUGAAGGCGAUUCAUCGUCCGAGCCGAUUAUUUCAAUGGUUUCCGACAAAACCGGAUUACUCCUUGUGCUAGAUGCCGAAAUCUUAGCUUUACCCAUGGCUUUCGACGAGGGUUUUGUAAGUGCCUUUGGUUUGGCGUAGAGGGUCGUCCAUUGUCGUGCAGUGUCAUCAUGAGCUUUGCGGUUGGUGAUGUAUUGAUUGGCGAUUCCGGAUACUAUGCAGAAGGAAUGGAAUGUAAGAUGGAAUAAAUAAAUA